AUGAGAUUUUCUAUGCUCACUUUGUUUUGCUUGAUUGUUGGAUACGUUGCUGGUUUACCCUUUAUUAAAACACAUGGAAAGAUAGAUCACUUAACUGUCUUAAAGAAUCCAAGUCAGAUAUAUCCUCGAGAUGUAGACUUCAAGAUUAAACCUUACGCACCUAAGUAUGAUUCAAAAAUAGGUUUAAAAUCAGAAUCACCUUUAUGGCCAAGAAGUUAUGAUCGAAUCAGAAGAGUGUUGUAUGGAGUUAAAUGGUCAGGUGGACAUUCUAAAGAUUUAACUUCUAUAUCAAACGUUCAAAUUAGUAAAAUUAUUUAA